AUGUCUAUUGUAGUCAGUAAUGCUACUGUUGAUACUUCAUGUACAACUGGUAAUGUUAGAUUAGUUGGUGGUCCCAAUGAGUAUGAAGGAAGAGUUGAAAUAUGUUAUAAUCAAAUGUGGGGAACUAUUUGUGAUCAUUCCUGGGGUACAACUGAAGCUAAUGUUGUUUGCAAACAGCUUGGCUAUCAGAUGACAGGAUCAGUAUCAUUGCGUGGCAGUUACUAUGGACAUGGGAAAGCUCCAUUUGUUAUGGGUGAUAUGUAUUGUUCCAGUAGUCGCAGCUCACUGUUAGAUUGUGAUCAUUACUUUGCAAGUUACAAUACUCUGUAUUGUGGUAUAACUAAUGCAGCAAGUGUUGUAUGUUUAGAAUCCUGUAAUGAUGGUGAUGUAAGACUGAGUGGAUCAUCAGUGACAUAUGCUGGUCGUGUUGAACUGUGUGUUGAGAGAACAUGGACUACACUGUGUGAUCAAACAUGGGACUUUAAUGAUGCUGCAGUGACUUGUAGACAACUUGGAUACUCUUCAUAUGGUUAAUGCAGUUAGUACCAGUAUUAAUUAAUGUUAAUGGCCCUUGGUGGGUCGACCCCUGACACCUUUAAAGGAGGGGGCGCUGAUUGGAGUUUCCAUGGAAACCCCGUGCCUGAGCUCAAAACAAGGACAUUGACCUGGCACUUUUUUCACUGUGACCUAACAUGCAGAAAUGGGCUGUGUCAGCCAGGUGGGAGCACUCCCACAUGCAUGAGCAAGCAGUCACACAGCAGUAGUUAGCUGGUACAGCUUACAGCUUGCCAGGUCCAAAUCCUGCUAUUGAGCCCCAACAUGGUGGCAUUUUGGGAGUGAAUGAUAGCAUCAUCCUCCACUAUGGGAUUUCCAAUGGAUAUCACGCUCAAGAGCGGAGAGAAUUGACACAAAAAUAAUUAAAUAAAUAAAUCAAUAAGUUAUGAGAAAAAAAAAAAAAAAAAAAAA